AUUGGAUUCGAUGCAUGAGAUGAAGAGUGGAGAGAAAACGUGCAUGCGAAUCCAAUGCAAUGUGCCGUGAAAACACAGUGCGGUGUGUGUAUGGCCUGUGUUGUGUUGUGUGUAUGUGCGUCUAGACUAGACAGUGUGUAAAGCACGGCUUAGAAUGUCGCACACUGGCCACCGUUAUAUACUUAUUGUAAAAAAUAUAUAGAACCUGUGCGCCGAUUUAUACAUUGCGGCAUGCAUGCACGGUACACGGUAGGCUAGCUUGUCGUGCAAACCAAAAUGGCAGGCAUCACUUUCAAAGACGUUAGCACGUAAAUAAUUUUAUAUUUUAACACGAUGCAUCAGGGAUCGGGGACAGAGGACCCUGUAAAAUGGAGUACGAGGUUGGUUUUGGCCUGGAUGAGGUCAUAUGACGAUAGCAGAGAAGAAGUAAAGAAGAAGAUUUUGGAAGUGGUCGAAACGAAUGAUAUCGAUGGGUUGACGCUGAAGCAGCUCAGAGCAGACAGCGAAGAGAUCCACACACUUUUUCCAUCUCUAAAAGAUCGACUAACAUUUAAAGCUAUGCUCAGGGACAUGUUCAAAGAUGCACGAUGUUCACAUUGCCAUAGCAACGGGGUAAUCAUUGGAAACACGUGUAACCAUGAUCCUCCAGCGCAGAAACCAACACAAGCCACGCCCCACAUACCACAACUCAGCUCCAAAACAAUUCACACCACUCAAACCGUAGCCAAUCACCGGAAUGCUGCAAGCCACACCCACAUUGAAGAGGCCAAUCACAAGCCGUCUAGUCAUGUGUCACGCACAUCACCGCUUUUGUCGCCACGCCCACAUACACUACCUCGCCAGGACUCAAAGGAAAAUACACAGAGUGUUCAUCCUGAUAACGGUCCACCCUCUAGCUCCCGAUCCAAGAUGCCCCCUCUUGCUGUUGCCAUGGUACCUAACGCACAACCCGUAAUAUCACCAAGAGAGCGCGAAUUAAACUCCGCACAAAUGCAUCGUUACAUACCUCCUCAAAGCAUCCAUGGCAACCAGAUGAUACCUCACGGUGGCCCUGCCGUCUCCUUCCCGUUUGCUCCUAUUGCCGGACAGUUUAAUGUUACUGUAGCCAAUCAGGCCCUUGCCGCAGCUCUUGCCGCACGAGCAUUGCCGCAUCAGCAACCGUAUCAGCAGCAUCAGCAAUCCAUUGUUCAUUGCACGGCUACAGCUACAACGGCCGGGUCCAGUCAGGCGUCAACCUCAAGACCAACAAUGCUCCCACCACCAAAUCACCACCACCACCACCGAACCAUAGCAGCGGCUCCUACCUCCGCCCCUCCACCUCCCCCACCAACCGUUACUCAACGCAUUGUCGAGAUUCUGUCUAAAGACGAUAAGGACCUGUCUGUCGCAUCUACCUCAACGUCCAGUCCUAGCGAACAUCCGCAGAACUCUCAAGAACCGACCUCAACCCAAGUCCCUGUCACCAUGCCGCUGAUAGGAAGUAGAGGGCGUCCCGCCACCAAGGGUGCCAUCCGCUCCGCCAAGAUCUCGCAGAAAUACAAGAAGAUUAUCCAACGGAUGAAGUCUGCUCACAAGCAAGUGAUCGAGAUCCCCUACCCCGCGCCCCUACCUAGCUUCUCCCAGCUUCUUAGGCAGCAGAUUGGACGAGGGAACAUCGCUAACUUCCGAUCGCGUUUUACAUACGAGUGCGCCCAGUAUUACAUGAGCCUCAACCCAACACCAAGCCAUACAGAGUAUCGUAACAUCAGCAAGACCAUCGUUGAGAACUUCCCAGUCCUGUCAUCUCCGGAUGAAGAUGUACCAUGGAGAAAGUUUAACAACCAACUCAGUCAAGCUAUCCGCAACAUCCGUCGUCAACUUCGUAGCGUGCCAAACUCCGGUUAUCCGCCUGCGCAGAAGCGUAAGUAUUGGCGAAAUCUUGCAUCACAGUUCAUGUGUAACACCCCCAAUGGGAUGACAUCACUAAGCCAGCUAACACAGCAACAGCAGGAGCAAUUAGGUCUCGUGGGGACGUCUGGUGAACACAGCAAUGACGACGAUGAUGAUGACGACGACGAUGAUGAUAACAUCAUUAUUCUGAAGGAAGAGGAUGAUGGUGAUGACGAUGAGAGGGGUGAUGGGAGAGAUGGAGAGAACGAUGGCGGCGAUGCGGACGAUGGACCCUACGAUGAUAGCGAUGAUGAUGACGACAGUGUAGUACCUGCUGAGUGGUCUAACAAGCGUGAAUAGAUCAUCUCGAUGAUGAUGACGACGAUGCAGUCUUGGCGCGUGUGUUGCCGUCAGAGCUACAUGGAUACAUACCUCCAUGGAAAGGUUUUCUAGAGUGUGGCUGACUUUCAGAAGUCAGAUCAAAUUUCAAACGGGUUUAAUCAACUUACGAAACUCGAAAGGCCUUUAUGUGCGCGGAUGAAUUAAGUUGAUUUAUUGUUUGCGGCGUACGAUAUACUAUAUACCUCAAAAAACUACGUGGACAUUUAUUUAGUUACGCGAUCUGCGAUCCGAGUACGCUGAUUUGGUAAACUUUCUUUGUUCCGUCAUCUGGCGGUGUCGCCGCUGCUUUGUAUAUAAUAAGUAUCGCAUUCAAAAAUUUGAAAAGAAAUGCUAAACUUUUUUUACGCAGCUUAGAAUUUUGCAGCUUGAAUAUUUUGUACAGUAUAGCCAAAUAUAUUAUUGUAUGAUAGUCUAAGUUAAGUACCUAUAUUAUUGUAGAGAAAGCUCAGCUGAUGUGUUAACUUGACAUGCUGCUAUAUUAUGAUGUCACAAAAUGUCUGCAUAUUUCAUUGCUGCUUUAAAUAUAUAAAAAACCGACGAAGCAACUGAUUUUUAUUCUUCAACGUUAUGAUGCACCUGAUUAUGUAAGUAUAGAUUGUAAAAAUUAUUUAAAAAGUAAUACACACUAAGUAGAUAUGGUUUCACAUACCUAAACAAAUAUACAAUCAUUUUUGUAAGUAUAAAACAUGGGUUUAUUUUGACCUGCGAUUAUUUUAUUUCCUGAAACCUGGAGCGUGGAAAAACUCCUCUUAAUACCAUAGUAAUUAUGCUGCAUUGUGGGAGAGCGCUUAAAAUCUUUUGACAAAGAAACUGAAAAGCGCUAUAAUAAGAAAGUAGUUUUAUUGUAAUCAUGGAAAUAUCACAUUAAGAUAUAUAUUUAAUGAUUUGUCUUCAGUUAUGACCAUGUAAAAUUUUAAAUGGUGAAUUCAAAUUAUUUUUCAUAGAAUUUUAGUCUUAUUUAUUAUUCUUGUACAGAUACAGGACAUCGAUGAAAGGACUUAAACUGAGAUGUUUUAAAAUGUUUGACUCUCACAAAACUCUUUAAUUCUCAAUUCAUCCAGUAUCUGCGAAUGAUGUUUUACUGAUUGACUUUUCAAAUAUUUGUGGCAACGUUUUAUUUUUCAGCGUUGCCUACGAAAAAUGUCAUUCAUUAUUGUCUACAUCUAUAUUGAAACAUACUGCUAAGUAUUCGGGUAAUUGCUACACAUGUAACGCAUCUCGGGCCAUUUUAAUCUCACCACAUACAGUAAUACUGAAUCAGAUAUAGACAUCUAAAAAUAACCGCUAUAUAGGCUCUAUUGCUUGCGGGGACAUUGCUGUCUGUUGGUGUUUUUAAGUCGAUGUAAAUUUUGUCAUUUGAUUUGAAUUGAAACAAAGCAUAAUUAUUUUAUUUUAAAGUCGAUGUUCUUAUGUGUAACCAUUAUCGUUCAAAAGGGGCAAAUUUAUGCGUUCGCGAACAUGAAAUAUUUUACACUUGAGUUUGAUUUUUUUUCAUGAGCUCUUAUGUCUAAUCGAAAAAAAAUAGUUUCAAAAUAGAAAAGGGUGUGUUUUUCUUCCCUUUAUCCCGUAGUUAGCAAUGUCCUGUUGUUUUACUUGUUAAACGUGUACUUGACGUAUUGCGAGUUACGAUUUUGAUGGUUUAGCAAGUUAUGUACUCAGAAUGCGAAAAAUAGAGAUAUCUAAUGCCACGUUUCGCCGGCUUCUGGCAAAAAGGAGUAAAAUGGCUGAAAAUAUACCUGAAACAUCGCUAAAAUAGGGUUCAAAUUUUGUGUUGUUUCAUGAUAAUAUUCACACACUUGAAUACAGAGUGACAACACUGGGCACAGCAGUAUAUAUAAUGACAUCGCCAACACUAUAAAAAAUAUUGGGUAAAAUGUUUACCACCACGAGGGUAAUUACAUGUAUGUAUCCAAUCAAUUUCGGGCAGUAUUUUACCCAAUGCAGGAAGCAUAUUGUCCAGUAAAGUUUAAAAAAAAUAAGCAGCAAUUACUAUAGAAUGGGCAAAAUUUUCAUCACACUGGAUAAAUAAAAAUGCCAAAAAGAAAUGCCCAAUGUUGGUUGGACGCAUAAUUACCCCCAUGGAGCACUUCUACCCAAUAUUUUUUAAAGUGUUUAAAAGAUAAUGCUUGGCUGUUGCAAUGGUAUAAUGAACAUUACCAGUCAAAAUCACACCACAUAUUAUUGCAUCCACUACAUUAUAUUAAACAUGUUAUAACAAAUAGAAAUUGCUCAUUAAAGCUACCGAUCGGGGUUGUGAUUGGCUAACUUGUCGUAGGUUUUAUGAAACUAGACCAAGAUGCCAGAGUUUUGAAUUGAAACAUCCACAUUUUAGAAGAAAAAAUAUAACUAUUUAAAAUUCAUAAAAGACAUAAUGAUUUAUGAUAGUUUUCUUUGUUUUAGAGAAUUUAAUGUAAACCGUAUGAAAUUGAUGAACUUUAUAUGUAGGCCAGUGAGGCAGGAUACAAGUAAGAAUAAGAUUUCAGCUGAUGAUUGAUGUGACAGUUUGACAAGUCAUAUUUCAUGUGAAUCGACAAGGGAAAAUGCUGCGGAAACGUUGAUAUAUGCUGCCUGAAUGUAUAUACGUUCUUUAGUAGAAAAAGGUAAUCGUUUACAUUUAUAAUAUUCAUUUAUGUGUUUGAUGUUUUUUUUUUAUGCUUGCAACCGUAGCGAUUUUGGAUUUGCUAAUUUUUCUGACGAUUGUUGCAAAUGCUUGCGAUAUCAUUAUAUUCAGUCUAUUUGCGAAUUGUUUUUUUUUUAAGGAACAAAAUAUUGUUUGCAAAACGUUCGACGCAUAAUUUACUCAGUUGGUCGACAUAAGACCCUUGUGAUCACGUGGUACGAUUUUUUUUUGCGAAGCUCUGACGAUCCCAAAUUUCCUACGUUCGCAAGCAUUUGUCGUGUAGUGAGAUACCAUUUUUAUAUUCUGAAUCAACAUUUUUAGUUUUCAAUAAUUUUCACUUAAAAUGGACCGAGUUUUAUUGUUGAAAAUUUUAAGGUAUCAUGAGUAACGACACAGAUUAAUAUCUGUACCUCAAUGUCAACGGUUUUACGAAAUUUCGUAUUGGUAGAUCAUCAGUUCUGCUGGCCAUUCGUUUUCAAUUAUCUCUUCAUACAAAUAUACAUAAAUCACCGCUGCAUUUUGCCAACAAUCAUUCAUAUAAUGCAAUUUUUUUAAAUUAAAUAUAUGCUAAAUUUUGAUUUGAAACUUUGCUACAAAUAUAGAUAAGCAUAUCACUCUUUUUCCAUUCUCUUCUAUUUCUAUGUCUUUGUAUUUUGCUGCAUCAAAUUAUUGUGUAAAUAUUUUGUAAAUAUAAAAAUCUUUUGUACUCAUUAAGCUACACUAUACCUGCAGCUGUUUACCUCAUGUAGUCAUUUAACCUUUUUCUUUUUUCUUUUUUUCUUCAUCUACUUGCUUUCUUUUUGACUCUCGUAUAUCUCGUAUUAUACCAUAUUCGUAGUAUUUGUUGAAGUCAAAUCAUAUUUGAAGUUGUUUGAUAUAUUUGUUCAUAAAAUUGGUCUGUAAAGAUAAUGUAUAAUUUAGAUACAAAUCGUCAUAAUUUAUAUAGUCUUGUUAUCUGACAAAGUAUUAUUGUUCUUAUUUUCAUUUUGAGUUGGAUGAAAAAUCUGUACAGGGAUUGAGUUUAAAAAGGUUAAGAUAUUUGCAUGGGCGAUACCAACCCUUAAAGUGUUAUAUAAAUAUCGAAUUUGGUUACAUUACAGACGAAUAUUAUUAUAUUUCGGAAACAUUGCAAACGUACGGUUUGAAACCUAUGUGCCGUGUGUCUAUCGACCUUUUAAAAUAAUUUGAAUCUGUAUCGAUACCUGCAUUUGUGAACGUAUAAUUUCCAUAUUUCAUUAUGAUGGUUGGUUUCACUUAUUAAAGACGAAGAUGAGUUAAAAGAAUGAAACGUUUUAAAGAACGGAACAUGUUUUAAGUUUAAACACCUCACUAUCAAGAGGCAAAUGUUACAUAGUGUCAUUGGUAUAUUAUUCUACACAUCUUGUAUUUAUUCUCUGAAAGAAAGAGAGCAGUGCAUUUGCUUAUUUUUAUUUCUUUAUUUUUUACACGAAGGUAAUAUUCGGAUUUUUUUUUGUCGUUGGUAAUUUGAUAGUUUAUGAUCUUCUCAAACUAUUUCCGGUAUCUUAAAAGGUGCUAUUUUUUCAGUAUGCAUGCAGGGAUUUGAAUAACGUAAAUAUAAUUUACAUCAGGAUUUUAAUUUAAAAAAAAUAUAUACCUCGGAGGCCCUUACUAUUAUUUAUGUUAUAUGAACAUUGUACAUGGAUGGUCAUACUCGAGCCGCGAUAGAACAAGUGUAUGCGGGUCCAGGGCGCACAAUUGGCGCAGCCCCCCCCCCCCCCUUUCCAAAAGUACUCUACUCCCCUGUAGUGUUCCUACUCCUCUCUGAUUUGAAGCGCCCUCUUUUGACGCGGGGAUGGAUAUGCGUCCCCUUUUUAAUGAAUAUUUUAUGGGGCUUGACAACUUUGUAGUUGCGAAAUUAAGGUAUUUUUGGCAGACGUAACCCUCUUUUUUUUACCUGUAAAAACCAAAUCAAUAUUUUUUUUUCCAUGUGCACCCCUCUCAUUUAUUAAAUUCUGUAUCCACCCCUCUGGUGAAAAGAUGACUUAACCCAGUAAAGUCAUAAAAAAAGAAAUCUCCAUCGUUAUUAAGGUGAUUGAUAUUGAUGUCUAUAAUUUUGUAUGAUUGAUAUUUCUUCAUGGAAGGUUUUCCUCGUAAAUUGCUGCAUUUUUAUUUUGACCUUUGACAUUGUUUUGAUUUAAAUUUGUAAUCCGCGCAGCUCAUUGCUCGAAGCAGUUGAUUGAUUGAUAGAAAUUGAAGAAAGAUAUGAUUACUUAAAUUGUGUUAUUAUGUAUAAAAAAUGUUCUAUUACAUUGUAUUUGGCAGCUCUAUGAAUAAAGUUUACUGGUGAAAUAA